AUGUCCCAUCAUGUUCACCCUAAGUCCAAAUCUCUCGAAUUACUUCGUCUUAUUAACGCUAUGACCUCCAUAAAUCAUUAUAAUAACUUGUUGAUGGAUGCCAGGAAAAAGCAGUUGAAUGGUAUCAAUGAUAGCCGUAUUCAACUUGGUGAAUUGGCUGGGCAGCUUGGCGGAUUUGUUGGUCAAAGUGAGAGUGUUAAGAAAGCCGUUGUGAAUGCUAUUAUCGCUAAAAUUAACAGUAAUGAAGAGCUUAAACAUCUUUACUCUUCUCUUGUUACUAACCUUUCUGAGUCUGUCAAGUCUGCUGGCCAGGCUGAUGACACCGGAAAAAUUAGUGAGCUAAAAAGUAAAAUUACCACUGAAAUUAAGCUUACUGAAGAGACAAUGAAGAAGCUUAAACCUUCUGUAAUUAACUCUCCUUCUUCCCCCUCUCCCUCUGCUGAGUCAGACAAAUUGCACUCCAAGUUGCAGGCUUUGGAGAAAGUGGAGAAGCUUUGUGAAAAUUAUGAGAAACUUAAAACUUCUGAUAAUAACCCAAAAAAUCUCUUAGAUAAUUUAUGUGACGGCCUCGAAACCUUCCUCGGCUUCAACUCUGCUUCCAAAGGCUACGAUGGCACUGGGAUAGUGUACUCCGACUUGGAUAGGCUGUGUGACGGGGUGAUGGGAUUUUUGAGUGGAGUGCUUGGUGCGGUGAAAAACGAAAAUGAAGUGACAACUUAUGAUAAUUACAUAACUUCAACUAAUAUUAAUAGUGUAGUUAGCAAAAUACAUGACUGUAUUGGUAAGGGGCCGGAGGCCUUCAAGGAGGCAAUGGCCGACGUGAUUUUUUGGCUGCGUAAGUAUAAUUUUGUUUUGCAGGAAAAAACAAGCGAGUUAACUGCUGAAAUAAGUAAGUUUAUGAAUUCCAAAAUUGGUUAUGACUAUAUUAAACGUGUUUCAGGUAGCUCGACGAAGAGCCUUCGAGAACAGCUGUCUGACUGGACCAAUGUGGUCGGCGAGAUUCAACGAGACCUAACAAAAAUUGAAACCGAAAAUAUUAAUGCGUUAGAUAAGACACUUAGAAAUAAUAUCAUGCAUAAAUUCGAGCCUGUUAAAACGUCGGUUCAAUUGCUGCUUGAGUCCGCCCAAAAUGAUGCAUUGGUGAAGCAGGCGACCAAGGUAGAUGCUGAAUUGGAGAAGCAGGAAAAAGAAAUUAAGAAAGAGAUACUUAGGCAAUCUAUAUCAAUUACAGACACCUUUAAAGAGGGAUUUCAAGAAGUAUUUAGGAAUAUACGACAUCUUAGUGAUGUGGAAAAAACGCAAUUUGGGAGCAUUAAAAAUAGAUUGGAGGAGGCGCAGAAGUUUUUGAAUACUAAAUUUGACUAUGAAUACAAAAGUCAUGUUAUUGGUAAGUUUGAAGAUAUAAAAACGGUAGUUAAAAACGUACAUGCCAUGUUAUCUGUACAAAAACAAGGACUUGAGAAGUUAGUUGCAUACGCUUGGCAGCACUUUGAACAACUUAAAAUUAAUACCAUUAAAAAAGAGCCGGGCAACGGGGAGGACAAUAGCAUAGGAAAGAAAUGGGAAGAGCUACAAACGCAGAUUAUAUCAAUAGUUGGUGAUAUUAAUGGGACUGGUGCAGGGCACAACAAAAACCAUCCAAGCCAUGAUGGUCUUGAAGGUAUCCAAACUAGAACGAAGGAGUGGGCUGAAGGAUUUACGCAUUUUGAGAAUGUAGUGGAGAAAUGGGUAGCAGAGAUAUUAAAUGAUGGUAAGGGGAUGGUAAUCGAUAAGGUUAAUAAAUAUUAUGGUAAUAUAACAGAAAAUGAUAAGACUGCGAUUUCACGCGUAUUUAAGGAACAGCUUAAUGCAAAGGUCAUAAAAACAAAUGGACCGCUCACAGUGCGAGUCAUGGAAGGUCGCGACAGCAUUCAGCAAAAUAUUAACGCUGUCCAAUCCUCUUGCGAUAAGUUUGCCAAAGUGCUUCAUGAGAAGAUCAAGGCGCACGACACGCUAGUCGACAUUGCAAAAAGCAUUUUGGAGGCGAUUAACUUACAAGUGAAAACAACCACUAAAACAAAUGACGCACGCGAUAUAUCGGAUGCUAUUCGUUCCACUCUGGAACAACUCGUGGGAAUGUCUAGGAGUGCAUCCCUCGAGAUCAAAUCUGUAACUGCCGAAAAUAGCACUUAUAGCCUUGGAAAACGCGUCGAUGAGGCGUUAAAAGAGAUUGAUAAUAUCCGAAAGGAAUUCGUAGCUGGUGGAGAAGGGCGUAACGGCAAAUUUAUAACCGCGGCAUUGAUAACGGUGAAUGACAAAAUACGUCUACUUGAACCUAUAUUGAAAAAUGAAGCUACAGGCUCUUUGCGUGCUACUGCGAACGCGGUUGAAACUAUUGUCACGGAGCUUCAAGAAUUUACGAAAACGAAAAAUACAAAUGGCAGCAUUGAACAAAAAAAGCAAGCGGUCGUCGACAAAAUGGCAGAUUUGAAAUCCCAGAUUCAAUCGCAUAUCAGUGUCAUUCUUAAGGCUGUCGUUGAUGCAGAUGCGUAUUUGGAAGCAGUCAUCAAUGACAUCCAAGAUGCAUUAACUGAAGCUGAUAUAAAGGCCAACCAAGCUGUCAACCAACUGAAGGAAGAACUGACAGAGAAGGUGGAUAAGGCAUUUCACAUCAUAAACAUUGAAGUAAAAUCCCUAUUUGCCAAAGAAAGAACCGCCCACCUCUCCGCCCUCAAGACCCUCGUCACCAGGCAGCUCAAGAUCAUCACCUGCACCGUCAACAAAAACCUCAACACCGGCCUGAAAGGCUUCCUCAAGACGCUGAGCGGGGAUUAUGUCGACAUUUAUUUGGCUGGUUAUAAGGAGCGUCCGAAGCAUCUCCCUCCUAAAGCUCAGAAGACCAAUCCGCUCGACGAAGUGAAGACCGCUCUUGAAAGAGGUGAACAUGGAGACAAAGUUGCAACGCUGUCCUCCACAUUCAAGCACUAUUCUGAACACAUCUUCGAUUACCUCGAUAAGGACCUCAAACAUAAUUUCGCCUCCCAGCCUCAGGUCAUCGGCCAGUAUGACCAGACUGUCUCCACCAUCCGCUCGAACCUCACCGAUCUCCUCACCCACAUCAGCGCUCACAAACACUUCGACCACCAGGUUCCCGAGAUGCUCGAAACGCUCAAGACAUCCCUCACCUCCUUCAAGUCCUCGCACUUCGGCAACGCAUCCUACCCCGUGCUCGACGCCUUUCCCCGAAGCCUGGAGCAGUUCGUCGGGGAGCUGGAGAGGAUGUACGUUAGCAGGUAUGAUGGGCAUAAGCAGAAGGUUAAUAUGGGUAAAUUGGUUAUUAGUGAUGGUGAUAAAGGUGAAAAAUUAACGGAUGACGGCAGAAAUUUGUCGAAGGUAUUUUUGACGAUUUUGGUGACUUUGAAAGCCGGGUUAGACGAGUUAAAGCAGAAUGCUCCAAACGCCUGGAGAGGAAGACAAAUUUAUUUGCAAGACAGUAACGAAGAUGAAAACUCAUUUGGUCAAUUUUUGAACAAGUGCGGUUACAAAGUUUCCAAGUCGCAUGAUUCCCAUGAAGGUCACCUGAGGAAUAAGGAGCAGUGCAAAGGUCAAUAUAUCCACGACGGUCUUCUUGUAGGCGAUAAGCAGCAUAUUUAUCACUCAGAUAAAAACGGUAAACGUGCACUCGAGAUACUUUUCGACUAUUUGGAGACAUACAACGACUUAUGCCAUCUCUCAACAUUAACCUCCAAGAGACAGCCAUGCUCCGUGUACGAGAUGCUCGCUUGGCUCUCGGGACUAACGCACAAUCCGGUACACCAAAGUAAGCUAAGCGUAGCCAUCAUGAACGUUUUGGAAGAGCUAUACAAAAGAGGUAGAGAAGAUGAGGGAGAACAUGGCGACGUAUUAGCAGUAGAACGACAAGCAGACGGAGGGGAGUUCAAAGUGUCAUUGGUUGAUGCACGCUCCGUAUCCCUGGAAGCCUACCCACGUGACGUAUCAUAUGAUGAACUGUGGGCAGCCGUGACGCAUAUAUGUUCGACUUCAUAUGACGUCCUUUGCGCAAUUGCCGGUCACGGCGACGAAUUCACGACAUACGCUGUGGACUAUUCCAACAAUCACAUGAAAUUCAAUUACCCCCAAAACGGGGAAGAUUGUCUCGAUAUGCUCCUUGACAUCCUUCGUCGAAUGUUGCCAACAUUACAAUAUUUGUAUAGUCAGUGCAGGCUCAGCAAUGGGCUCAACGGUUGGCAAGCGUGCAAGUACGGCAAGGAUAUCAUGACAGCCAAAUGGCCAUGCAAAGUUCAUCCAUCCGACGAACCAGAUAAUAAAUCAAACUGCCAAGCAAAGUGUAAACCAACGUGCCAAGCAAAGUGCGAAGUAACGUGCCAAGUAGAUUGCCAACCAACAUCGCCAUUGAUGAGUUACCUGAACGACUGCUUGCCGGGUCAUUUACCUCAUCAACUUACUAAAAUUGGAUGUAAGUACGAGUGUUCCAAUUGCUCAACUUCUAAAAAGGGUAAGCCUUGCCUGACGCCUCUUGGAUUCAAAGGUUUCUCCGGAUCCACACGUAUGGGUAAGGACAUAUGUGAAGUGCUGACCAAAUUCAUCAACAUCAAGCAUCUUACGGGUCUAUUCACGCUGAUUCCCAAGCCGCCUUCCACGUUGCCAGAGCACUUCGGUUUUACCUUGGCGCUGGCGAUUGGUAUUAAUGCAACAUCUAGAACUAAUAAUUACGAUCCUCAUGCGUUUAGAGGCGUGUUUGCCGCAUCCAUCUACGAGCAAACUAUUAACCUCUGUACCGACCAAUCCACAUUGACCAAUGCGUUAACCGACGCAUAUGGGUCGCCGUCUCCAACACAUGGCGUAUGCGAACAUGCCCACGUUAGAAAUCUCACGGCGUCCGAUAGCUGCAAAGGGAAGACCAAUUUGGAACUCGAAUGCGCUCCGUACCUUGCCAAUUUAUCUGUCGACUGUUAUCGAUACCUCGGUAAAAAGCAUUCCAACCUCUACUUGUCAUGGGCUGUCUACCUCCCUUGGAGCUUUUGGACGAAUCUUAAAAAUCUAUAUGACGCGUUUUGCAACAUUUACUGUCAAGACUGGGGCUGUCGUGGUUGCUUAAGAGGCGACAAGUGCAAACGUGGAGAACAUGGAUCAAUAAGUGACGCUUCCAAACAACCUAAUUGCCAAUGCCACUCCAUUGUUGACUGCAGAGGCGUCGCUCCAACUUUGUACAGUUAUGGCUUUUCCUUCGGUGACCCAUCGAAAUUGCAGAACGAGCAUUAUCCAAACACAUGUGCCGACUUCCGCAAGCAAUUGAAAAAUGUAUUGAAGUCGGAAUACUUCACAAAAUUAUUUGAAGAGUGUGACAAAUUCUUAUUCACCAUCAGAGAGCCCUUCAUCUGGCUCAACGUCGCCCUCUGGCUCCUCUCCUUCCUCUACCUCCUCCACAUCAUGGUCAUCCGCCUCGACCUGCUCCACAUCAAAUCGCAUUUGCACUCACCAUCAUCACAUCGCAUCGCCACGCAAUCACUACUCGCCGCUGCACGUGUUAAAGCACUCAACAAAGUGCUGUACCUGCAACCUUGA